AUGGCCAUGUCGCCGCCGACAUCAUUCUCUACUAUCAACGGCAAGAGCACGCAAAUCUCCUCCUGGCUCGAAGAACUACCCCCGACGCCCCCAGCAGACGAAGAAUGCGGGCUACUGAAGCGCAAGCGUGCCAUUUCAGAGCCGACAAGCGUACACCAGUUCACCACCAUGUCCACACAUCGGGGCGUCAGCCCUAGCAAACGUCAGCGACGGGACUCGGACGACUUGCGACCGGAGCAGAGCGUAUCGGCUGUUGGGUCAAAUGCCCGCCCGCUCAUCUUAGGCAGUUCAACCACUUUUAGCCCGCCCGGCAGUCGUGUAGGCGCCUCGACGCCACGACGCAGUAAUAGCCCAUUGCGCGAGACAAUUGCUGCUCUGAGGGUAGCAACCCCUUCGAUAACGACGGAACCGCUGGACGGGGUGGAGUUGGAACCUCCUGCGCAGGUCAUGGCCGUAGUAGCGCGGCUCGAGAACGGACUGGAUCAGGGCUGGAUACCGGGGUGGCUGGAAGAACUAGUUAGAGCUGAUACAGAUAUCGGUUUCCAAAGAUUUAAGCCUAUCGCAUUUAGCAACACUGCCACCCGCGAUCUCUCUGACCCUAGCCUUGACUCUGCUGCCCGUGCUGAGUUAGAAUACACCUUAAGGAAAGUAAAACAGAUAUAUAAGAAAGCAUUGCAUUGCCAAACAAGAGGCCGAGAUGAAAACGCAUGGUGCGACGACGUAAUUAGGCCGAUGGUGAAGCUGGCGCUCCGGUUGUACGCAAAGGGCAAGCUCUCUUUGCAGAAUGUGUAUUUCUACCCUAGCUAA